AUGGCAACAGAUGGUCAACGUUCAUUUGUCAUUUUCCUCUACGAUGACAUACAAGGGACAAACGGUGGUGAUGCACUGGCUGGAAUCAACGGUGGUGAUGGUGUCCGCUCUGUGACUGUACCUGGCUCCUUAUCAGAAGCUAUCAUGAACAUCACGACCACUAGCAAUAACCAGUAUUCAGGUUUACACAAGACGUGGUUGGUUACAAUUUGUGAUGAGGUGGUUAUUGAACUUGUGUCUGGGACAUUGGCUUUCCCUACUGAGAUCACAAUUGAAAUAGACAAUGUGCUCAACACACUGACCUUUCCCUCUGGGUCUGUCCCCAACACUAAACUGAGUUUCAGGCCCACCCUCAUCGGCAACAACCGAAGACUUGUUGCAUUGGCAACAGUGACACCUGUGGGCUAUAUAAACUCUGCCAUCGUAGCCCUGUUCACUAAUGACAGUGAGCCUGUGCUCUACUGCACUUCAUUUGUACGAGGCGCCUCAUCUCUUGAUGGAACCACAAAAGUUGAUUUACAGAAUGGUCCUUUCAGGUUUCUGGGACAAGAUCACACUUCCAUCUUUGUCAACACAAAUGGAGAUGUGUCUCUCAGUGCUUCGUUUACAAAUUCUUUUACAGAAGAUUUCCCACUUGUAUCGUCCAACCCCCCGGUAUUAGCCCCAUUCUGGUCAAAUACCGAUUCACGUUCUAGUGGGUUAGUACUUAUGCAGAGACUCAAGACUCCAUGCUCCUCACACGAGCUGCUAAUGAAGUGAGCACUGCCUUUCCUAACCAGCCUACCUUCACUCCUACGUCCCUGUUCAUUGCUACUUGGCUUCAACUCCAUCAGGCCUUUAGUUUUAGUCCUGAGGUAAAUACUUUCCAAAUCGUCAUGGCAACAGAUGGUCAACGUUCAUUUGUCAUCUUCCUCUACGAUGACAUACAAUGGACAAACAGUGGUUAUGCACUGGCUGGAAUCAACGGUGGUGAUGGUGUCCGCUCUGUGACUGUUACUGACUCCUUAUCAGAAGCUAUCAUGAACAUCGUGACCACUAACAAUGUUGGGAGGCCUGGGGUGUGGAUGUACAGAGUGGACACUUCCGCCAUCAUUGAUCCCAGUGACCCCUAACAACCAUAUAGUUCAUCCCAUACAACAUUUGAGUGUUAGGUGAUUAGUUUAUCAAUAUGUAGGCUCAAGCUAUGGACAACACGCAUUGACUGCUGAUGAUGUAUUAUUUUAUUGUUAACUUAUUGUAUAGUGACAGACACUGUCAUACAUACAUUGUAUAUUAUAUUUAACAUGAUAAUUAUGCCUUGAUGCGUGAGCGUAUGGGGUGCCGUUUGUGUCAAAAUCCAAAU